AUGGGAACGAAUCCAGCAAAGAAAAUGGAAAUCAUGACCAAAUCAAGACUGCAUAAACUAUCUGCUAAGCAAUACCACCUAUUAAUGAAAAAGAAUGAUGAAAAUACUUUUACAGUGUAUUUUGAUCUUCAGCAAGUACAAGUUCUUUUCAAAGUCCCGAUACAAGAGACUUUCUAUGCAACUCAACUUUUUUUGUAUUAUUUUUGUGUUACUGACAGGCAAACCUCUGAUCCUGUGUUUUACACCUGGUUGGAGACUCAGGCAAAUAAAGGCUCAAACGAGAUAGGAUCGGCAGUAUACAAUUUUCCUAUGAACACCUCAAGAUUGUGA